CUGCGGAGCCUCAGCUCCUAGCAUCCCUCCUGGCGGCUGCUUGCUAGGCAUCCUAAACCUUGGGCGGUAAAGGGCGGAGCUGGAGCCUGCGCUGUAGGGUCAAGUGGUACCCAGGAGAAUGAAGCAGGCCCUCGUGGACGAUACUGAGGAUGUGUCCCUGGACUUCGGCAAUGAAGAGGAGCUGGCUUUUAGGAAGGCCAAGAUCAGGCACCCCCUGGCCACCUUCUUCCACCUGUUCUUCCGCGUGAGCGCCAUCGUCACCUAUGUGUGCUGUGACUGGUUCAGCAGGAGCUUCGUGGGCUGCUUCGUCACUGUGCUUCUCCUUCUGUCCUUUGACUUCUGGUCUGUGAAGAAUGUAACUGGAAGACUCAUGGUGGGUCUUCGAUGGUGGAACCAGAUAGACGAAGACGGAAAAAGCCACUGGAUAUUUGAAGCCAGAAAGGUCUCUCCGAGCCACAUGGCCGCCACUGAGGCAGAGGCGCGCAUCUUUUGGCUUGGCCUCAUCAUCUGCCCAGUGAUCUGGAUCGUGUUCUUCUUCAGCACCUUGUUCUCCUUGAAGCUGAAGUGGCUGGCUCUUGUGAUCGCUGGGAUUUCCCUCCAAGCUGCCAACCUCUAUGGCUACAUCCUUUGUAAGAUGGGGGGCGAGGGUGACAUCAGUACAGUUGCGGCCAGCUUUCUGUCCCAGACGGUGUUCCAGAUGGCAUCCCCAGGUGACAUUCAGAAGCCCAGGCUUGAAGGACUGGACAUCCACCAGCAUUAGCCUUAGGUGGCCAUGGUGAGAUCUACAAGAGGCCAUGUCUGGCCUGUGCCUCAACGACAGGUUAACGAAGCUAAAACAAACACCGUCUCCUCAGGUGUCCUAACUGGAUGAGCAGAGACCUCACAGUCCGGUCUUGGAGGUGAGGUUUGACUGGGACACACUGGUCAUUCAGUUUCACAACACCACUUCGUAGCCAUGGAACCAGAGAGCAUGGGUCCAUCGGCCCCAUACAGACAAAGUCUGCUGGUCCUUGAUCUUAUCUGCAUGCUUGGAAAACAGCCUCAGUAAACGUUCAAGUUGAGCAAUAUUUUUGCCAACCCCACCUCCAUCAGAUACACCUAUCUCACACCCUGCCCCCCAAGAAGGCUAACUCACCACUGGAGACCAGCCGGAGCCACUCUGGUGAACCUGUGGGGACAUGGCAGUCAUUCUUAUCACUGUGCACUCUGGUCACAUCAUCACUGACAAAGUGUCCAAAGAGGAUGGUUUCACACAGUGCGAUUCACCAUCCUGUACUGCA